GUCAACCUAAAAACGAAAUAUAUGUGUUCUCAUAUUCUCUGGUCAUCAAGCGGAAUAGAAUUCUCACAAUCUGAGCAUCAAACUGAUUCCGAAUUCGAUUUUGUUGAAUUGAUCGUUCUGGAUGAUGAUUUCGAUGGAUAACAAUCAUCAUCAGGGUACAACCAAUUCACACCACAUGAAAUCCUCCUCCAGCGUCGCGCCGUCAUCGGCGGCAUCGAUUACGCUGUCGCAGCAGUCGUCGUGGCUGGAGGUUCGGUUGUUCUACGUCCGCAUCGCCCCGUGCGUCGUCGACAGCGUCCCUGACUCUCUCACCCUUCGCCACCCUCGCCGCGAAACCGGCGCUUCCCUCGAGGUCAACGGCGUUCGCAUUCCUUCCUCCCAGACGGCGUCUCUUAAGCUCCGCCGCGACAGAGUCGACCGGGAGUCCUCGGAGGCGACCUACGUCAGCACCGAGACCGUGCGCGUCGCCGGAUACGUGGAUCUCGAGGUUUACGAUGGCGAGGACAUGGUCCUGUGCGGGAAUCUAGAUAGAAUCGAAGGCGCGUGGAGUAACAACGGAACGGUGAGCGAUCCCAAGACUGGAUGGGGCUUGGAUUGUUACAUGGCUAUGGGAGGAAACGGCUCUUCUUCUUCUUCCUCUGCGCUAGGCGUCUCCGUGGAGGUUUACAUAGCUGGCUGCUGCGGGGGUGUUCCCGUGAUCUUGACUAAGACCAUUCAGGCGAGUCCAAGGAGGAAGGUGGCUAGGCACGUGACUCUCGACUCUAUCCCUGAGGACGAGGAAGUUGACAAAGACCACCACGUUUUUGCCACUGGUGAUGGACGGAAACUACAUAUCCUGGAAGAAUCAGAAGUUGACGAUGAGUCUGAAAUGAAAGUGGGACAGAGUUACUACUACUACCCUGAAGGGAUGUACGUGGAUGAGGAUGGUCAACUCUCUUGGUUCAAUGCAGGUGUCAGAGUUGGAGUUGGGAUAGGCCUUGGGAUGUGUCUUGGUGUUGGCAUUGGUGUUGGAUUGCUCAUGCGUUCUUAUCAAGCUACUACUAGUAACCUUCGUAGGAGGUUCUUCUGAUCUGAUCAUCACCUACCAUCUACUCAGAAGCCCACGCAGAGACAAUCUCAGGGCUCUAUGAAUGAUAAUGGUAACUCCUAACUGUGGGUUAUAGAAAGGGGAUAGAAUUUUGGUAGAUAGAUGUAAAGAGUUCUUUUCGUUUUUCAUCGCUUAUGUCCUUCUUGUGAGUGUAUAUGGUCGGCUUUAGUUGCACAAGACAGAGUUCCCCACAGCUUAUCUCGACUCUUCAGUCAAUGCUUUUGUUCUCUCAAAUCUAUGUGUUAUGUUGUUACUUUUGUGUAGAAAGAGAUUCAUGUUGUUGUGGCUGCCAAAUUCUCAAGGAUUGGAUUCAGACCAAAUAUAUAUGCCUUUUCUUC